UCAGAGCAGAGCUGCCAGUCGGACAUCAUGAGUGAAGAUGAAGCCACCCACCAUGCCUCUUCUCCUCCUGGUCCUGCUCGCCGUCGUGAGGCUGAGCCGAGCCCAAGCCCAGACCUCUUUCCUGGACUGGUCCAGGAUCCUUCCGAGUCUCAGCCGACCGGCAAACCACAGCCGCAUCUUCUACGCGGUGAUGUUUGAUGCAGGCAGCACAGGAACGCGCAUUCACGUCUACACCUUCAUCCAUAGUGAAUCAGCGGAGCUGCCUGUUUUGGACAAUGAGAUGUUCCAUUCCAUAAAGCCCGGUUUGUCGGCAUAUGCUGACUCCCCUGAAAUGGCUGGACAAACAGUGAGGAUGCUGUUGAAGGUGGCCAAGAAGACGGUGCCUCGUCUGGUGUGGAAGAGAACUCCUUUAGUCCUCAGAGCCACAGCUGGACUUCGGCUGCUGUCUGCAGAGAAAGCUCAGGCUAUUCUGGACCAGGUUCAACACGUGUUUGAUGAAUCUCCUUUUUUGGUCCCAGACGACAGCGUCAGCAUAAUGAACGGCACGAACGAAGGAAUCCUGGCUUGGAUAACUGUGAACUUUCUAACAGGGCACCUGAAAGCACAAAGCAAGAAGACGGUGGGGAUACUGGAUUUAGGAGGAGGGUCCACGCAGAUCACGUUCCUGCCCAAACUGAGGAAAACCAUCGAAAGUGCUCCUGAUACUGAUUUUGUUGCCAGACUUGAUUUCUUCAACUCAACAUUCGAAUUAUACACUCACAGUUAUCUCGGACAUGGACUAAUGGCAGCGCGGCUGGCCACGCUGGGCGCUCUGGGUGCACAAGGGUUGGAGUGGCAGGUUUUUAAAAGUUCCUGCCUGCCAAAGAAGUUCAGGGAUGAAUGGAGCUUUGGAGGGCUGACGUACCAAGUGAGCGGCGACCCAGAUGGUUAUGCAGGAUACAAGCUUUGUUAUCAGGAAGUACUUAAGGUGGUGAAGGGGAUUAUUCAUCAGCCGCACGAGCUCGAAGUCAGCAAUGUUUUCUACGCGUUCUCCUAUUACUUUGACAGAGCCGUGGAUGCAGGCCUUAUCGAUGGCGUCCAAGGAGGGAUGCUGGAGGUCAGAGACUUCAAGAAGAGAGCCAAAGAGGUGUGCAAUAAGAUGACCAAGUACCCUCCCGUCAGUCCUUUCCUGUGCAUGGACAUGACCUACAUUACUUGUCUACUCAAGGAUGGCUUUGGCUUCAAGGAGAGCACUGUGCUGCAGCUGACCAAGAAAGUGAACAACGUGGAGGCUAGCUGGGCUCUCGGCGCGACGCUGGACCACUUCCACAACCUGAAGAUCCACUGAGGAGCAGCGAGGAAACAGACACUGGUGCUGAGACGCCGACCGAGGCGGCGCUCGCUAACAAAACAAGUAAUGUGCACUACCUUAUCUAACAGCCCCAGGCAUCUGCUGUUUGUUUCACAAAGGCAGAACUAACCUCGUGAGUAAUUCUUAAUUUCUUUUAUUCUCAAGUGCUAAUAUGUCGAGCUGUAAAUGAGCAAUGUGUUGCCUUACUCAGAGAACAAGUGAAGCACUGGAGGCUGAAUGAAAGAUGUUACCAAUAAGACUCAGAGUUACUGGAUACACAAUUGGUUUGAGAUGUUUUACGGGGAGGGGAGGGGGGCCUUGUUGAGCUGCGCAACACCAGUGUUUACAUGCAGCGAUGGGACAUACUGAGCUGUCUGAUUUUAAUGUCAACUCUUUUGUUAUUAGCAAUAAGGAUAAUGGGUUUCACAUGUCUGGUACAUUUCAAUUUGACAAAUCAGCCAUUCGCCGUGUUUCCAUGAUACAAAGUUAGCAGCCAGAUCCAAAAGAAACUUGCUCCAAAGUGUUUUUAUGCUGAUGUGAGAUGGUUUUACUUUUUUUUUUUAGAAAUAGUUAAUGUGCUGUGGGAGAUGGAAACUACUUUUCUGAAUAAGCUCUCACAUGACUGAUCAGGUAUUUCU